AUGGCGAAAAUGUCUAAAACUGUUUCCUUCUCUUCUUUUUCUUCUAUAUCAAACCUUUCAUCUCUUCCUUCAUUUAAUUCUCUUGCUUCUUUCAAUUCUCUUCCAGCUUCACCACUCGACCAGACCUUUUCUCAGUCCAUGAUGGAGGACGCCUUAGAAGCUGCAGAAACAAUCAUCAAGAAAUGGGAUCCAAACUCACUGUCCUACAAAAAGAUCACCUCUCUGUUCAGUCACAGCAGAAAAGAAGCCAAAGAAUUCAUAAGAUGCGUCCGUGACUUACGCAAAGCCAUGCACUAUCUAAUCUCUCAAGACUCCAAAUCUGAAAAUCUUGUGCUUGCACAAAACCUGAUGCAGAUUGGUAUGUCUAUGCUAGAGAAAGAGUUCUUUCAGAUAUUGUCUUCUAACCGAGACUAUCUUUAUCCUGAAUCAGCCUCUGGUCAGUCCACAAUAUCUAGCAACUCAGAGUUCGAAGUUUUUAUGGAAUAUGGUGAUGAUGAUGAUGGUGAUGAUGAUGUCGAAGAUGAUGACCUGAAGAAGGCUGGUGAAUCUAUCUCUCAGGUUGAGAAAGCCUCAGCUCUGGUGAUGUCAGAAUUAAAGGUCAUAGCAGAGACCAUGAUCAUCUGUGGUUAUGGUAAAGAGUGCAUAAAGAGCUAUAAGUUGAUCAGAAAGUCUAUUGUUGAUGAAGGGCUACACUUGCUUGGGAUCGAGAAGGUCAAGACCUCUCAGUUUCACAAAAUGGACUGGGGAGUCCUCGAGAUUAUGAUCAAGAACUGGAUCAAAGCUGCAAAGAUUGGAGUCACAACACUCCUCCGUGGAGAGAAGCUUCUCUGUGAUCAUGUCUUCUCUGCAUCCAUUACAAUAGGACAGUCUUGCUUUAACCAGAUUGCAAAGGAACCAGGACUCAAUCUUUUCAUGUUGCCUGAGCUCAUAGCCAACAAGGAAAAGAAACCACACCACCAUGAGAGGAUCUUCAAGCUGAUGGAUCUCUAUGCAGCUAUCUCUGACCUUUGGCCAGACAUAGAAUUUAUAUUCGACUUUGACUCCUUAGCUUCUGUGAAAACUCUUGUCUUCUCAACGCUCCAGAAACUCAAGGACUCCAUCCACACGUGUCUCAAGGAGUUUGAAGCGACAAUACAUAAGGAUUUUUCUAAAGAACUUACUUUUGAAGGAGGAGUUCACAAGCUGACCCGGACAACGAUGAGUUUUAUAUCAUCGUUGUCUGAAUACAGCCGUGUCUUGUCUGAGAUCCUUACAGAGCAUCCUCUAAAAGGAAUCUCCCACAUGCUAGAAUAUUACUUCACAGCUCCAGUCUUGGAAGAUGAACAUGUAAACAACCACGCCUGCUCAGUCCAUCUAGCUUGGCUCAUACUUGUUUGCCUAUGCAAUGUAGACACCAAAGCAGAGAGUUACGAGGAUGUGUCAGUUUCUUACAUCUUCAUUGUGAAUAACCUUCAGUUUGUGGUUGACACCGUUCGUUCCACUCACCUCAAGAGCCUCCUCGGAGACGAUUGGCUCACCAAGCACGAAGCAAAACUCAGAAGCUAUGCUGAAAAAUACGAGAUAGCAGCUUGGAGUAAUGUUUUCGCAUAUUUACCUGCAAAAGCCAGUACCAAGCUAUCACCAGAGGAGGCCAUAACAUGUUUCAAGAGAUUUCACGCAUUAUUCGCAGGAGCAUACAUGAAACAAUCACCAUGUGUCAUAGAGGAUGCAAAGCUUAGGGACGAGAUUAAGGUUUCGAUAGCAAGGAAACUUGUACCGGAGUAUAGAGAGUUCUACGAGGAGUACUUGCCAACGUUGAGACAGAAGAGUACCAUGGAGAUGUUGGUGAAUUUUAAGCCUGAUAACUUGGAGAACUACCUCUCAGAUCUUUUCCAUGAAACAGAAAUUAUCAGUGGCUCUUCUCAUCAUUCUGCUUCUUGUUCAUCUUGUUGCCCAAUUGGAUGCGUAAAAAACUAA